AUGAAAUCAACUCAAAGCUCGUCUUCAGCAAGACUGUCCGAUAGUCAAAAAAAGAGAAAAGCAGUUAUUGUAUGUGGUGCCCGUACACCUUUUGUUAAAGCUUUUGGAGAUUUAAUGGAGGUUGAUUCUAUUGGAUUGGGAGUUUCUGCUGUUGAAGGACUUUUAAAGAAGACAAAAUUGGAUCCAAACCUUAUUGAUGAAAUUAUUUGGGGAAAUGUUGUAUUAAAUACUAAAGCACCAAAUGUUGCUAGAGAAAUUGUCAUUGAUUUAAAUUUACCAAAGAAAAUUACUGGUGUGACUGUCAGUAGAGCUUGUUUGUCUGGUCUUGAAGCAAUUUUACAAGGAAUUAGAUUGAUUGAACAUGGUGCUGCUGAUGUAGUUGUAGCUGGUGGCAGUGACUCUAUGUCUAAUGGUGAAAUGGCCUUACCGAGAAAUUUGACAUUAGCUCUCGGAAAAUACAGUUAUGGAAAGGAUAAAGGAUCUAUGAAGGGAUUAAUUCAAUUCUUUAAAGAUGCAGGAUCACCAUUAUCUUGGAUUCCAACUGCUCCUGCAAUUGCCGAAAGAUCAACUGGAAAGACUAUGGGUUAUCAUGCUGAUUUAAUGGCCGAUUUGAAUAAGAUUACAAGAAAUGUACAAGAUGAAUUUGCCACUGCAUCUCAUAAGAAUGCUGCCAAGGCAAGACGUGAAGGUAAAUUUGAGGAAGAAAUUUCUCCAGUCCGUUUGAAGAAUGGUAAAAUUGUAAAUAGAGAUAACCUUAUUCGUGAAGAUAGUGAUGUUUCAAAGAUGGGUAAAUUGAAACCUGUAUUCAGAAAGACUGGUACUGUCACUGCUGCCUCAUCAUCCCCUCUUACUGAUGGUGCUAGUUGUGUAUUAGUUAUGAGUGAAGAGAAAGCCAAAGAAUUGGGUUAUCCAACAGAUAUCAGAAUUUCAUCAUAUGCUACAACUGCCGUUGAUCCAUAUCCACAACUUCUUCUUGCUCCAGUUUUAGCCUUCCCAAAGGUUUUGGAUGGUGCAGGUGUUACACUGGAUCAAGUUGAUUUGUUUGAAAUUCACGAAGCUUUUGCUGCUCAAGUCUUGUCAACCACUGCAUGUCUUGCUAGUGAUGAAUUCUGUCAAAAGAGACUUGGUAAGAGUAAGGCUCUUGGUGUUAUUCCACCUGAAAAAUUGAACGUAAAUGGAUCUUCAAUUUCUCUUGGCCAUCCUUUCAGUGCAACUGGUGGUCGUAUUUUGACAUCAGCAAUGAAUGAAUUGAGGAGAAGUAAUAAGAGAUAUGCAAUUCUUUCCGUCUGUGCAGCUGGUGGUCUUGGUGGUGUUGCCCUUGUUGAAAGAGUGCCUCCAUCUGAACAAAAAUAA